GCUCUUUCAUCGUGGGUUGCGUUAAGGGCGAAAGAAAACCUCCCCGAGGAGAGCCGGUGGUCGGCCAGGGCGCCUCGUGAAUCGCGAAAACCCAGGCAAGUGACUCCGUAACUCAUUUCCUUCCCUUUCCCGAGUUUGACUUCCCUUCGCUAGUCCAGUCAACCCAGGCAGGAAACACCCCAAUGAACCAUUCCAUCUCCACCACGUAACCCUAGGGUUAGAGAACGGCCAGUUAUUUCCGUUGGUGGUUCAAAAGUUCCCUCUUUUUGAGUUUUUUCCAUGAUGACCACGUCGGAGAUCGUGUUGCCGAUCGGCAACCAGAAGCACGACCCGGCAUGGAAGCAUUGCCUGAUGAUCCGUUCCAGCGGCCGGACGAAGCUCAAGUGUAUUUACUGCAUGAAACUCUUCCUCGGCGGCGGCAUCCACCGAAUCAAGGAGCACCUCGCGCGUCACAAGGGAAACGCUGCCUGUUGCCCUAAGGUUCCCCUCGAGGUCCAGCAGGCGAUGCAGCAUAGCCUUGAUGGUGCUGCUGUUAGGAAGAAGCGGAAGAUUAAGCUCGCAGAGGAGGUUGGUCAUCUGAUUCCUGCGGAAAUCUCUGCAGUCGCCGGCGAAAUUGAUCCAUCCUCUAAUUCCUCUCUGCAGAUUGUACCUAUUAAUGAAAUGCUUGAUCUUGGUACUGUUCAGAUAGAAACCAAGGAGGAUGGGACUGCAGCUCCCCUGCCUCGUGCAGCGAAGUCAGCUGAGAGGGUAAGGAAGCGGCGGAUGAAGAGUUCCUCUAUGAAUCACAUGGGACCUUCUCCUACCUUGGGCAAUGAUGGGUCUUGGGUAAACAGGUCCAAUUCGGCUAGAGCGGUAGAUAAGGAACAUGUUUAUUCUUCAAUUGGACGGUUCUUGUACGAGGCUGGUGUGCCUCUUGAAGCUGUUAAUUCUGUUUAUUUUCAGCCUAUGGUGGAAGCCAUUGCUGCUUUCGGGCCUGGGCUUGAUCUCCCCUCCUAUCAUGAUUUCCGUGGUGGCAUUUUGAAGAGGUCGGUCGAGGAGGUGAACCUCACUUUGGAGCAUUACAAGGGGACUUGGAGUCACACAGGAUGUUCAAUAUUGGCCGAUGAGUGGUCGACAAUGGAGAAGACUUUGAUAAACUUCAUGGUUUAUUGCCCUGAGGGAACUAUGUUUUUGAGAUGCGUCGAUGCCACGGAGAUUGUUGCUACUGCUGAUACUUUGUAUGAGCUGUUGAAGCAUGUGGUGGAGGAUGUUGGCCCAAGCAAUGUGGUUCAGGUGAUUACCAGUAACUCAGACACCCAUGCCAUUGCUGGGAAAAGAUUGACUGAGACCUUCCCCACUUUAUUUUGGAGUCCUUGUGCUUCUCAGUGCAUUGACGGUAUAUUGGAAGAUUUUUCUAAAAUGGAUUCAAUGAUUGAUACAAUAGAGAGUGCCAAAUCUUUAACCAGGUUCAUCUAUAGAAAUGUGCCUGUUUUAAAUAUGAUGAAGAAGUAUACUCAUGGGAAAGAUUUGUUACCUCCUGCCAGCAGCCGUUCAGCUAUGAACUUUGUUGCUUUGAAGAACUUGGUUUGCUUGCAAGACGAGUUAAGAAACAUGGUCACCUCUGAAGAAUGGGUAGAAUCACCCUACUCGAAGAAGCCCGAUGGGGUUGCAAUGGCUAAUCUUAUUGUAAAUUUGUCAUUUUGGAUGUCAUGUGCUGCAAUCAAUCGGAUUACUGAACCGCUGGUGCGAUUGCUGAAGCUAGUAGAUAGCAAAAAGAGGCCAGCAAUGGGGUAUGUUUAUUUAGGUUUGUAUCUGGCUAAGGAAGCAAUAAGAAAGGAGUUUGUGAAGAAGAGUGAUUACAUGCCAUACUGGGAACUCAUUGAUUGGAGAUGGGAUAAACAUCUUCCUCGCCCUCUUCAUGCUGCAGGUUUCUUCUUGAAUCCGCAGUUAUUUUACAGUACGCAGGGGCAAAUCUCCAAUGAAAUUUCUUCAGGAAUGUUGGAUUGUAUAGAGAGAUUAGUGCCCGAGGCAAAGGUUCAAGAUAAAAUUCAGAAGGAGCUAAAUUAUUAUCGGGUUGCAGAUCGAGAUUUUUCAAGGAAAAUUGCAGUCAGGGCUAGACAUGCUUUACUUCCGGCUGAAUGGUGGUCUACAUAUGGGGGGAGUUGCCCAAACUUGACACGUUUGGCUAUUCACAUUCUUAGUCAAACCUGCAGUGCAAGGGGACCUGAGCGAACUCAUAUACCUUUUGAACAACUUCAUAAUGAAAAAUUAAAUUUUGCAGAGCGUCAACGGCUAUGUGAACUAGUAUAUGUUCGCUAUAACCUUCGGUUACAGCAGAGGCAUUUUUUGAAGAGCAGAUGCUUUGAUCCAAUUUCAGUUGAUAACAUUGAUAUUGUUGAUGACUGGGUGGGGAAUCACCCACUGUUCUCACCGGAUGCCGAUUGCUGUAGCUGGUUGGUUUUCAAUCAACCAGGGCCUAUUGAACAACAAUCUGAAUUUUCAUUAGAUGAAGUUGAAACGUUAAUGUCAGCCCUUGAUGAUGAUGCGAUUCGUGGAGCUGGUCGAGGCAUAGAGGAAGAUGAUGAAAUCAAAGAAGAGGAAGAUAACCAGGAUGGUACCACUUUUACUUGAUUUUGUUGUUGUACUAGGCUAGAAGAUUAGUUCUUCAUGAUGAGGGCUGGUUGUUUAAGACGCUUGAACAAGUCUAAGGCAACAUUGUUCAGCCAAUUGAAAAGGUGCUUGUAAAUUUGUAGAUGAUUUUGAAUGUGUAUGUUUAAGUUGAAAUGAAAAUCAAGAGGAAUAAAUUUUAACUCUGAAUCAUUUAGUCU